CGGCGCCCAUCCUCCGCCCCCGACCGGCCAUCCCGAUCGGAUAAACCCGCGUCACGCGCGCGCCACCAAAGAACACCACCCCCCCGCGCGGUGGAACACCGUACCUCGCCUCCCGACACAAGCAGAUUCCUUUCCUUCCUUCCUCCUCCGCCGCACCGCAACGCAUCUCCAUCCACCACCGCGCCGCCGCGCCGGUCUCCCCACCCCGCCCUCCUUCCUUGCGUGCCGCCCGCAGGUCACUUCCUCCCCAUGCAAUCACUCGAUUCCCGAGCGGCGGUGGCGCACAGCUAACCGCCUGGCUGCAGCUUUACUCUAUUCCGUCUCGUGCAACUUUAAGGCCGCACCUUACAGCCGGUGCGAGCCCAUAGUUUAAUCCAACAGGAGGUGGAGGAGGAAGCAUCCAAUCACACACCGAACCGACGACGAUGGAGGCGUGCUGCUGCUCCUCGUCAGCGGCGGCCCCGCCCGCCUCCAUCCUCGCCACGGGCGCCGGCCUCCGCCGCCGCUUCUCCCCGGCGACGGUUGCGGCCGCCGCGUCGGGCGGUAGGGCGGUGGCGCUCGCGCACCCGCUCCGCGCCUCCUCCGGGACCCUGCUGGCGCCGCCGCCGCCUCGGCGGGGGCAGCAGCGGCGCGGGGCCGCGGGCCUCGUCGUCAGGGCGGUGUUCGAGCGGUUCACCGAGCGGGCAGUCAAGGCGGUGGUGCUCUCGCAGCGGGAGGCCCGCGGGAUGGGGGACGAGGUCGUCGCGCCGCACCACCUGCUGCUGGGCCUCGUCGCCGAGGACCGGUCCGCGGCGGGGUUCCUCGCGUCGGGCGUCCGAAUCGAGCGAGCCCGCGAGGCGUGCCGCGCCGCCGUCGGGAAGGGCGGGCCCGCUCAGGCCGCCACGGGGCUGGCCACGGACGUGCCCUUCUCUGGGGCCAGCAAGCGCGUGUUCGUCGCAGCCGUCGAGUUCUCCAGGAAUAUGGGGUGCAACUUUAUCUCCCCGGACCACAUUGCGCUCGGCCUCUUCGACCUGGACGAUCCGACAACCAACAGCAUCCUCAAGAGCUUAGGAGUAGUUCCAGCUCAGCUAGCAAAGCAGGCUCUUACCCGAGUCAAAGGGGAGCUAGCGAAGGAUGGCAGAGAGCCUCUGGGUUUGUCUUCUUUCAAAUUGCGUGAUAAAUCCACUGCUGGAAAUGGGAGGACUGGAAUUGCCAAAUACUCCAAUAAAAAGAAAGAGAAGAGCGCACUAGCUCAAUUUUGUAUAGAUUUGACUAUGCGAGCCAGUGGGGGGUUUAUUGAUCCUGUUAUUGGUCGUGCAAAGGAGAUUGAAAGAGUAGUUCAGAUUAUAUGCCGGCGCACAAAGAACAAUCCAAUUCUUUUGGGUGAAGCAGGUGUUGGAAAAACUGCCAUUGCUGAAGGGUUGGCUCUUAAAAUUGCUAAUGGAGAUGUGCCUAUUUUCCUUGUGGGAAAGCGUAUACUGUCACUAGAUGUUGCUUUACUGAUGGCUGGUGCAAAAGAGAGGGGCGAAUUGGAAGCCAGGGUUACUAGUUUAAUACGUGAAGUGCGCAAAGCAGAUGAUGUUAUUCUCUUCAUCGACGAAGUUCAUACUCUUAUUGGGUCUGGAAUUGCUGGAAGAGGAAAUAAGGGAGCUGGUCUUGAUAUCGCUAAUCUGCUGAAACCUGCACUUGCUAGGGGUGAAUUGCAGUGCAUUGCAUCUACAACUCUGGAUGAGCAUCGUUUGCAUUUCGAAAAGGAUAAGGCUUUGGCCCGCCGAUUCCAGCCAGUAUUUGUAAAUGAGCCUAGUCAGGAGGAUGCUGUGAAGAUAUUACUUGGUCUGCGUGAAAAAUAUGAGACUUAUCACAAAUGCAAAUACACCUUAGAAGGCAUUAAUGCGGCAGUUUAUUUGUCAAUGAGGUAUAUCCCUGACAGGCAUCUUCCUGACAAGGUUAUUGACCUAAUUGAUGAGGCCGGUAGCAGAGCUCGGAUGGAAUCAUUUAAAAAGAAGAAGGAAGAGCAGUGCUCCAUUAUUUUGAAGUCACCAGAUGAAUAUUGGCAAGAGAUUAGAGCUGUCCAGGCCAUGCAUGAAGUGGCACAAACUAACAGGUUGAAAUAUUCUCUAAAUGAAAAUGACCAAGAGAAUGAGGUUAAUGUUGAAGUACUGGAUGAUAGCAAGACAAGUCCAAGAACAACACCGUCAACUUCAGCUGAUGAACCAUCUGUGGUUGGAUCAGAGGAAAUCGCAAGAGUCACAUCAUUGUGGUCGGGUAUACCAGUCCAGCAGCUGACUGCAGAUGAAAGAAAGCUUCUAGUAGGACUAGACGAUGAACUCAGAAAGCGUGUCAUAGGUCAAGAUGAUGCUGUUGUGGCUAUAUCAAGAGCUGUGAAGAGAUCACGCGUUGGCAUGAGUGAUCCCGACAGACCUAUUGCUACUCUACUUUUCUGUGGUCCAACAGGAGUUGGAAAGACUGAAUUAACCAAAGCUCUAGCAUCAACUUACUUUGGAUCUGAGUCAGCUAUGGUUAGAUUAGAUAUGAGUGAGUACAUGGAGCGGCAUGCUGUGAGCAAGCUUAUAGGCUCUCCUCCAGGGUACAUGGGAUUUGGUGAAGGUGGUACUUUGACAGAAGCAGUCAGGAGAAAACCAUUCACUGUGGUAUUGUUUGAUGAAAUAGAGAAAGCUCAUCCUGAUAUUUUCAAUAUUCUUCUCCAAGUGUUUGAAGAUGGUCAUUUGACGGACUCACAGGGCCGCAGGGUUUCCUUCAAGAAUACAUUAAUUGUCAUGACAUCAAAUGUUGGUUCUACAUCGAUUUCCAAAGGAACGAUGAGCAUGGGUUUCCAGACGCAAAGUGAUACAGAAGAGAACACAUACGCUGUAAUGAAAUCCUUGGUAAUGGAAGAGUUGAAGGCAUUUUUUCGACCUGAAUUGCUCAAUAGAAUGGAUGAGGUGGUUGUGUUCCGUCCACUUGAGAAGACUCAGAUGCUGGCUAUUCUUAAUAUAAUUAUGGAAGAGGUGAAGGGUAGGCUUUUGGCCCUCGGUAUCGGCUUAGUAGUAUCUGAUGCCAUGAAGAACAUGAUUUCUCAGCAAGGAUACGACAAGAGCUAUGGUGCACGGCCACUUAGAAGGGCCGUCACUCAAUUGGUUGAGGAUGUCAUCAGCGAAGCAAUUCUCUCUGGGCAGUACAAACCUGGUGAUACCAUAAUGAUGGACACUGAUGACAAGGGAAAACCUUGCUUGAGCCGGUUGAAUGAUCAGACUGUUCAAGUUUCUGAUCCAACACCAACGCUUUGAAGGCUUGAGCACCAGUGUAUAGCGAGGCUUACUGCGCUGUGGAUAAGCUUGUUGAUUCUUUCGUGCAUAGCGGUAUAGGUUCCGUAGUUCAUGUACAUAUUCUCCAGAUGCUGGAGUUUCUCCGUGAAUAUAAUGUAAAUUGAAGUCUUACAUCACCUGUACAUACUGCUGCAUUUCUAACAUGUGUACAUUGUUUACGUCA